UAACUUUACUCGCUGAGUGUUUCAUUAAUAUUUCAUUUAGUUAUUAUUAUGGAUCCACGGCAGACAUUUAAAAUGUUUUAUCGAGAUUUGAGAGAUAAUGAAAAAUAGCCACGUAUAUUUUGCAUAUUUUUGCAUUCAUAACGAAGAUUGGCUCAAUUAAGAGACUGUGACAUUAAAUUUAAUUAUAAUUUUACGAUAAAAUAAUCUAAUAAAGUGUCAAAUAGUGAUAAUACUUGUGGGUAGCUAUUCAAAUUUUACAUUUUAUAUUUGAAAGUUUAAAAACUUGCUUGGUGUUUCUUGUCAAAACGAGCGGGAAAUGCCUUUUUUUUUUCUUUCGCGCGCAAUGAAAUGUGACCGUACGCGUUAAAUCGAAGCUGGUACAUAAAUCGCAUAAAAACUUAUCAAAAUAUCGCCAUUGGCAACCGUUCUGUCAACAUUCAAAACCAAUUUUUGUUUACGAGUGACAAGUUGGCACUUAGAGGCUGUGAUGUUAUUGAAUCAAUCAGAAAAGCAAUGGGUAAUUGUUUUGGAUUAUUUCGGCGCAGCGGCGUUAGGCGGCAAAUCGUUCUGAUACUAAUAGGCUUAGACAACGCGGGCAAAACGAAAACUGUGAAUAACUUAGUGGGCGAUAAAGAUGACAAAGUUUUACCCACAAUCGGUUUUAAAGCUGUUAAUCUGGUGCAUAAGGACACGCCCGUGACUAUAUACGAUUUGGGCGGUGGGCCGAAUUUUCGACAAAUAUGGCCACAGUAUUACAGUGAAGUGCACGGGGUUAUAUUUGUUAUUGAUUCAAGCGAUUGUUCGCGUUUGGACGAAUGCAGAAGUGUGCUUGAAGAUGUUUUGUCGCACGACAGAAUAUCUGGUAAACCUGUGCUUGUAUUGGCCAACAAACAGGACAAGACCGGCGCCCUAGACGACAUCGACGUUGUAGAGAAACUUAACAUAGAACCACUGGUCAAUAGAUACCGAUGUCCGACUCUAGUCGAAUCGUACACAGCUAAUAUCGAUACAAAAUCGAAAAAGCUGAAGAUCGACCCCGGCCUCCGGAAAGGUUACCACUGGCUUCUGAACUACAUAAUCCGACGCUACGGCGACAUAAAUUUGAGAGUACAAACCGACAUCCACGCAGAUCUGGAGAGACGGAAACGGAUGCUCAACAAAGCUUCGAACACGAACUCACAGAUGAGCAACAGCGACGACAUCGCAACCCAAACGGGCUUCGAAAAUCCGAAUUACGACUUAACGAAAUCGAUUAAUAACACCGAGAUAAUAAUCGUCAAACCGAUCAAUCACAAUCAGAACAGCAUCGAUUCUACAAUAACCGUUGAGAGUAUCGAUAAUUCGGAAUCGACUAGCUGCGGUAAGCCGAAGUUGUCGCCAUUAUUCGGUCGUGCCAGUAACAGCCCUGCAACGGAUAUCGUUAAAAUUGAAUUGGAGCCCAAGAGCGCGUUCAGGAAGCUGUCGCCGAUCGUGAGGAACAAAAGCGGCGGGAAUCAACACAUGGAUUUCAAGAAUCGACCUCAGUCGAGUCCCACUUUAAAGAAGAUUAAGACCGAGCCCCACAGCAAGAACUCUUCGAUGGUCGAAGACAAAUCGGACACAUCGUACGUUGGCGACGGGAACCGCACCUGGGACGGUGCAAUGGUGAACCACAGCCGGGUACUAGUCAAUGCUGCCGAACUAGCUCAGACGCAGAGGGAAGUCGUGCUUAACGAUCGCGAUUACACAACGAAAUCGGAGGUAGCGCUGCAGCCGCUAACAUUACCCAUGUCCCCCCGGCCGGCCUCCGCCUCCUUGCUGGUCAGGAGACAACUAGAACUGUCGGGACAGCACAAACGGAGACUCAGCUUGCGAUACAUGCAACGCAAUAAGACCAGCCCGGAACGUAUCUCCAUGCUUAUAUAUGAACCGAGUAAGGUUCAACAGCGGCAUUUAGACAAAGGGGACUUUGAGCACACGACAACAAUUAAUUGAAGAUGGAACUUCGAGAAACUUCAAAUAAAUUUUAACAGGGUAGAUAAUAAUGUACAAGAAUAGAAAUUGUUGGAAAAAUAUUGAAUUUUGAAAUUAAAUUUGUAAUUUUAUAUGCGAAAGAUUUAGCCUGUAACUAGCUAACUAGUCUAAGUUGCUAGAAAAUUGGAUGGAAUAAUGUCAUUAUUUUGAUUCGAAAAUGAAAUUGAUUUGCUUUUGGUUUUGAACUAACGUGCAUUGUGUUCACGAGUGCUCAGAGCUGGUGGACUACCAAGCUUCAAUGGAUCACUCUUAAGAAUACAUCUUUUCACAUACAAAUUAGUGAUGGGUGUUAUUGAUCAGUCUCUAAAGAGAAAAGUCUUGUGAAGUAAUCAUAAAAAUACAAAGUCUUGAUUGUGUGGCCAAACCCGCAGCUUAUACAACUUUUUUGGAGCCAAAAGUUAAGUAAGUUAUCUACCAAUUCUAGAAAAUAUUUUUACCUUCAGACUACGACGGCCCCAUUGCACGGGAUUCCUUCGUCAAUUUACGUGCCAUUUAAAUACUAAAACAUGAUAACCUAAUUUUUUGACGUAUCAAAUUUGUUCCCGCCUUUUUUGGUUCAAAGUUUAUUAUCUCUGGUUUCUAUCUGCGUGUUUAUUAUUUUAAUUUUUCUGUACAUAUGUAAUACAUGUUGAUUAAAGAUAAUGAAAAACUUGUAAUGCUUUCGUUGCCCAUUCGAUGUUAUGAGUCUAGGAUAUUCUAAGUUAGAAGUUCCCAUUUUCAGUUUUUCAGAAAGCUCAAUGUAAGCUGUAAUUCCGGGUUGGUAAUCUGUUGACAGCGUAUUGACAAUGUUACAACAGUAUAAAUCUCAAGUUACGCGUCAAUUUCAUCACUUGUUAUGUAAAAAAUAUUUACACUGAACAAUAAUAAAUAGGUUAAGAUCUGAAAUUAUAAGUCAAUUUGCUUAUAUUUCGGGUUCUCUUUUAAUUAUAUUUUAUAAUUGUAUGAAUAUUGGUCUAUGCAGGUGUAUUUGAUAUAUUAUUAUGAAAGCGUUUAUGUAAUUUUAAUUAGAAAAGAAUAAUAAUUUAGUUUUGUACUUUGCGUACUUAAGAUAUUUACUUAAAUAAUAAAUACAUAAUUGUAUAUUUAUGAAUAAAAA